CGUGCGGAGAUGACGACGUCAGAGGGGGAGCACCUCCUGUACCCGCCUCACUUCCGAACCGUGCCGAUCGAGAUAGACCUCGGGGCUGGGGGAGGGUCCUCGACAGUGUUGGGCAGCGACCUCACGGCGGAGUACGUGCACAUCAACGGCGACUACCGAUCCUGACGCGCUCGCCCCCGGGCCUCGCAUGCCGGGACGGACGAGCGAUAUGCGUGGUUUUCACCGGCCCAGGCUAUACGUUUCACGAGGAUGGACCCACAGCUGGUAACUAUCAUGGCGUUUGCUGUGACAACAAACCAGAUGCAUCGCCCGGGGGGGGGGGGGGGGGGGNGGGGGGGGGGGGGGGGGGGGGGGGGGGGGGGGGGGGGGGGGGCGAGUUCUAGUCCCUACCCCCUUGCUGUUAAGUCGAGAAAAAAACUCUCGUCUGUUUUGAAAAUAGCCUGUCCAUCGGCAUACUCGUAGCAGGCAGGUAUGGAAUGGGGGAGGUCGUUUUUUGUCCGCCUCACUCACUCUCUCGCGCGCAAUUUUGGUGAGACGAUGUUACUAAGAAAAGCCUGAUUCGGGAGGGAGACAGAGAGAGUGUUGUAGGAACCUGAAGCUAGUCCGUCGUUUGUUUUGCCCAGAGGUUGUUGUACCUCUAUUGGGCCAUGUGCCUCUAUUGGGUCAUGCACCUCAAUUAGGUCAUUUCACUCUAUUCGGUCAUGUGCCUCUUUUGGGUCAUGUACCUAGAAUGGGCCAUCUGCGCGAUUGGGAGGUGUGCCCUCGCCAUCAAUCGCAAUUUCAUCCGCGCGGCCGAAUUGUGAUUCACCCGCGAUUGUGAUGAGGUCGUCGUGGGAGACACGGAGUAGAUUUAUGUUUUUUUGUCGUUUUCUUUUUUCUCUUAAGAACCGUCGUUUUUGUCUAUAUCUAGGUCUUUUGUGGUCGGUGUUAGAUAGAUGUGGUGUGGCGUAGCGGUUGCUGUUCGUUUAGUUCGGCUUUUUUUGUGAUAUAUAGUCUAGUCUAUGUGAAUGCCACCCCAGACUGUCGUAGAUUGUGACG